UUGUGGACCGCGUCCCCAUCCUCCAACCAGCACACAUCUCGGCGGUGUCGGCACCUUCGCACAAUGGACCGUCGACGCUAAACAUCCUCCUCAAAAGAACUGUGUAUGGAUUUAAUGAUGAUGAAAAAGAAGAAAUUCAAAUUCAAGGUGAAUUUUGAGCUGGACGAGCUCUCGUCGGUUCCGUUCGUCAACGGCGUUCUCUUCUGUAAAGUCCGACUUUUGGACGGCGGAUUCUCCGAGGAGUCUUCGAGGGAACCAGUCCAGGCCAACUGUGUUCGUUGGAGGAAGAGGUUCUCUUUCCCCUGUAAGAUGAGCGCCAAUGCAGGAACUGGCGUAUUGGAUCCCUGUGUGUGUCGUGUUUCAGUCAGAAAGGAACUGAAGGGGGGGAAGGCGUAUGCUAAGCUCGGUUUCGCAAAUCUGAAUUUAUCGGAGUUUGCCGGCUCAGGCAGUACAACACGAAGAUGUCUACUGGAAGGUUACGACACCAAAAAUACUCGCCAGGAUAACUCCAUUCUUAAAGUUAUUAUCAGCACUCAGCUCAUGUCAGGCGACCCUUGCUUCAAAACGCCUCCUUCUACUGCGACAGUGAUUGGGAUCCAGGGUGAUGGGGAAAGCCUGCUGGAAGAGAGGCGGGGAGGGGACUUACCAACAGCCUCUUCUGAGAGUCGAGAAGUCAAGUGUCCUGUGGCGUCCGACGAUCUCGGCGGCUGCGGCCACUCACGGACUUCCAGCUACGCCAGCCAACAGUCCAAACUCUCAGGCUACAGUACAGGCCACUCUCGCUCCUCCAGCAUGUCAGACUUCAGUCAUCGUAGGAACCAUUCAGUAGGCAGCGCCUCCACGGGCAUCGGCAGCAUCCCAGAACCCAACGAGGACAAAGAAUCCAGACCUUGUCCUGCUCUCCCUGAACAUCCACUUUCUGCCGCCAACUCCAGCAACUCUGUGGGUUCUCCGGUUCGGAGCGAGUCGUCCAGUGAGCGUCUCAACAGACAUCCGGUGAAGCAGGACUCCAUCGAGUCGCAGCUGAAGAGAAUGGACGACACUCGAGUGGAUGCGGACGACGUUGUGGAAAAAAUCCUCCAAAGCCAAGAUUUCACGCCCAGCCUCCUGGACUCGGGUGCAGAGGAGGAAGGUUUACGUCUGUUUGUGGGGCCUGGAGGAAGCACCGCGCUUGGCAGCCAUCAUCUUCCUACCAGAGUUGGAGGUGGAGCAUAUGAGCAAGUGGUGAUGAAGCGCUGAAACAUGUGAAGAAAAAAGGACCAAACUGGAAGCAGGGUUUUGUCCAUUUCAGUCUUCCUCUGCUCGAACGGUUGACGUCACAACAGCGCCCUCGUGUGUUCACACUUAGAACCUAACACUGUAGCUUUCUGACUUACAUCUCAGCGGGAUCACGUUUAAUGUGAUGGGGUUUUUUUUUUGAAGUAAGGGCUGCCUGUGUCGACAUUACGUUCCCCCACCUUUUCAACCAGACUUCUCAGAACAAAUGUGAACUUUCAAAAAGGUGAUUUGAGAGGAGAACAGGUUGUGAACAGGUGGGAUCUCCAAGACCACAAUAUUGCCAUGUUAUUUCAACACAUUCCAUAUAGUAGUAAUAAUUGUGUCGACGUUUCCGACUUCCCUUUAAGGUUCAGUUUAAUUUGCCUUGACGCUGCUAAGAGGCUCUUGGUGUAUAAGCACUCUGAAAUGUUUUUAACGGAAAGAAUAUUUUACUACAAAAGACCAGGUGCCAGACUGUGUGUGCGUGCGUGUGUAAGUAAGUAAGUCAAAAUAGCAAUGUUAGCCAUCUUUACAGUGUAACUUUGUACAGUGUCAGGUUUGGAGGAAUGUUAUUUCAAUACAGUGAUAGUGACAUUUACGCACAGUAUUUAUUGAGGACUGCCAUAGGGAUGUCCCGAUCCGAUAUUUGGAUCGGAUCGGCUGCCGAUAUUUGCCAAAAAAUGCGUAUCGGCAAGGCAUGGGAAAAUGCCGAUCCAGAUCCAGUUUUAAAAAAACUCCGGUCCGUGUUUUCCAACGCACCGAUUUAAAUAAUACAUUCCACUUUUCUGCUGCUCCGUAAUUUCCCUUCCGCAUUUUCCAGCACACC